AUGACUUCCAUACCGCGACCCAAACCAUGGGAAUCAUCCCAAAACACCAACGCAUAUCAGGGAGAACCCUUUGAGCAAGGAUCAAACGAUCCACAACAACCUAAUGACCAGAGGGUUGACAAUAUAGAUAGUGGUUUAAUAGCUAACAAUAACAAUAAUAAUGAUAACAAUGGGGUGUCUCAACCGCCACCAGUUCCUGGAUAUUCGCCUGGUUCCAUGAUGAAUACGCCUUAUUAUAGAGGUUCUAACUAUGGACUUAAUCAACAGUCUUCUAUAGGAUAUGGGUUGGGAUCAAGCUACGGAUUAGGAGGUAGUUAUGGAUAUAACAUGAAUUCUACAUAUGGCAUGAACAACGGUAUUGGAUCAUACCUUAACAAUCACAGUUAUCCGGGGUACGGUUAUAACAAUGGUUACAUGGGAAGCAGAGAAAACAUAAACGGAGAUCCAAAUGGAGGGUUGGCUGAGUCUACUAGGGCUACAUUUCAACUAUUAGAAAAUUUGGUAGGAACAAUAAAUGGAUUCGCUCAAAUGCUGGAAUCAAGUUACAUGGCUACAUAUAAUUCUUUUUUUACCUUAAUAUCUUUUGCAGAGGAAGUGACAAAAUUGAAGGAUAUCCUAGGUGGAAUGUUUGGGGUAUUUAAUGUAAUAAAACUCUUUAGAAAGGUAUUAAAACGCAGAAAUAUCAACUCCCAAAGAUCAAUACGUGAUGGUGAAAGUCCUCUGGUAGGGGAAUUCGGCCACUUUACUAGGACUGGUGAAACCCCAAAAAAGAGAAGGAGCAUGUCCUUAAAACCUUUGAUAGUAUUUUUUCUAGCUGUAUUUGGAUUUCCAUAUGUCUUAAAUAAACUGAUUAAAAGGGUACAUGAUAUAAAUAGUCCAAAGAAACAAGGUUUGAGUGAAAAUUACGAAGGUGUUAUUGAUCCAUCGAAGUUGGAGUUUGCCAGAGCAAUAUAUGAUUUUGUUCCAGAAAAUCCCAAGAUAGAAAUUACUUUAAAAAAAGGAGAUUUAAUGGCAAUUAUAUCUAAAACAGAUCCUUUUGGUAAACCUUCUCAAUGGUGGAAUGUAAGGACGAAAGGUGGUUCCAUGGGCUACAUUCCUUUCAAUUAUGUCGAGAUCAUUAAACGUCAAAAGAAGAUAGAGCAUAUUAACGAACCUAAAGAUCAUUCCUUACAAGACAGUUCAAUAGAACCUGAAGUAACAAAUAAUAAAAACUCAUAG